AUGUUUUCUGUUAUGCCGGAACAAUGGAGCGUUUCAUUUCGAGGCCGUCUGAACGGCUCUAUUUUCUGUGGAGAGAAAAACUGCUUUCAUCAAUCAACCAAACGUCUAUUACACUUCUUUUUGUCUCGACCACAUUCUUUAUAUCGUUUAAACUCUUCUGUGAUAUCUCUUUGUCUGUUAUCUAAUCAACCAAACGUUUAUUACACUUCUUUUUGUCUCGACCACAUUCCUUUAUAUCGUUUAAACUCUUCUGUGAUAUCUCUUGGUCUGUUAUCUAAUCAACCAAACGUUUAUUACACUUCUUUUUGUCUCGACCACAUCCCUUUAUAUCGUUUAAACUCUUCUGUGAUAUCUCUUGGUCUGUUAUCUAAUCAACCAAACGUUUAUUACACUUCUUUUUGUCUCGACCACAUUCCUUUAUAUCGUUUAAACUCUUCUGUGAUAUCUCUUUGUCUGUUAUCUAAUCAACCAAACGUUUAUUACACUUUUUUGUCUCGACCACAUUCCUUUAUAUCGUUUAAACUCUUCUGUGAUAUCUCUUGGUCUGUUAUCUAA